GCCUCCCGAUUGUUAAAGGGUCUAACCGUCCUCCCAUCUCAUCUUUGUGGCCAAGUGCCAGAUUUGCAUGCUGCGGAUGGAGAGCUUUGGUGGCCUUUGCAGUUAGGAACACAGAAUAUGCAAAAACAUAAAGGUGGAGGACUAUUCAGAACAUCCGACUCCUCUCUGCCGAUAUCAAUUCAAAUUGCCAGGAUGUCCCACAUUGCUGUUUUAAAUAGAGACCUUUUUCAAUCCAGAGAAUCCAUUCUGUUCAUUCCCGAGAUUUUGAGAUUUCGCUUCGGACCGAACCAGAAAAGUUGGGUGUGACUUAUGGGUCCUUUCUUCUGAGGAUUACUUCUCUAAUAAUAACCCUUUCAAACAGUCUAAAACUAACCCUGUCAAGGCAAUGGGGAUCUGGAUUCAACACCAUAUUCCAGCACCCGCACGGAGUUUCAGCACUCUGUAAGCACGCGGGAUAAGAUGGGGCAGGAUUAGUUGCUGAACCGGGUUGUGUCAAAGCUGACUUAGGCCACAAGGCAUCACCCCAAAGCCAAGCGUGAACUCCAGCCAUGCCCAGGUCUUUCCUGGUGAAGCGGCACGACUCAAGGACACGGCCAGGAAUCCGGAAUUGGGGAGAGAUCCCAGACCAGCUCCGGGGAGACGCCUACAUCCCAGGUAGGUCUAUGGGUGGAAGGAUGGGUAGAGGCAGCGCAACCCAAACCCUUGCAGAUCCCAGGAUGUUCAGAGGUGGAGAAAACCCAGAAAGAGGCCUUCCCAGCCUCAUCCAAAGCCAGAUCCAUUUUCAGCCGGCAGCUGAAGGGAAAGGCCUUUCGAGCCGCAAGAGUCCAAGUCCAGAACGCCUGGAGGGCCCAAGUUUGCCCGUGCCCAGGUCAGAACAAGACCCGUGGUUCUCUGUCUUCCACUUCUUCCUCCAGGGCCGGGCGGCUGCGGCACAGGUGGAGUUCCCAUGCGCCGUGUGCAGUAAGCGCUUCCCGCUGCAGCGCAUGCUGAACCGGCACCUCAAGUGCCACAGCGCCGUCAAGAAGCACGUCUGCAGGUUCUGUGGGAAGGGCUUCAACGACACCUUCGAUCUCAAAAGGCACCUGAGGACGCACACAGGCGUGAGGCCCUACCGCUGCUGCGCCUGCGACAAGGCCUUCACCCAGCGCUGCUCCCUGGAGUCCCACCUCAGGAAGAUCCACGGCGUCCAGCAGCACUACGCCUACCGCGAGCGCCGCUCCAAGCUCUUCGUGUGUGAGGAGUGCGGCUUCACCUGCAGCCAGAGCGAGGACUACUGCCGACACCUCCACCGGCUCCACCCGGGGGGCUUCCCCAGACCGGCGGCCCCCGGCCUCCACCUUCUCUACCCUCCGUCCUACUGAUGCGGGGGAUUCUGGGAGUUGCAGUACCCCAAAAAGGAGCCAGUUUGGGGGUCAUAGAAUCGUAGCAUUGGAAGAGAUCCCGGGGAGAAGUAGUCCAACACCUUCUGCGAGGCUGGAAAAGCACAAAGCAUCCCAGACAGAUGGCCAUCCAGUCUAUGCCUAGUAGUAGUAAUACCAUAAUAAUAAUAAUAAUAAUAAUAAUAAUAAUAAUAAUAAUAAUAAUAACAACAACAACAACAACAAUCUGUCAGCUGCAAAAGGCUAACUUACUGAGAUCUGCACACAUUAUCCACCGAUACAUCACAUACUCCUAGACCAGGGGUCCCCAAACUAAGGCCCGGGGACCGGAUGUGGCCCUCCGAGGUCAUUUACCUGGCCCCCGCCCUCAGUUUUAUAAUAUAAUAUUUUGUAUCAGUUUUAAUAAUAUAAUAUAUUGUAUAUACAUAUAAUAUUGAUAAUAAUAUUAUAAGGUUAUACAAUAUAAUACUAAUAAUAAUACUAUAUAAUAAUACUAUAUAAUAAUAUUAAUUAUAUGUUAUAUAUUACAUAUAAUAUUACAGUACAGUGGUAUAGUUCAAUAUACAGUAGAGUCUCGCUUUUCCAACACUCGCUUAUCCAACUUUCUGGAUUAUCCAACGCAUUUUUGUAGUCAAUGUUUUCAAUACAUCGUGAUAUUUUGGUGCUAAAUUCAUAAAUACAGUAAUUACUACAUAGCAUUACUGCGUAUUGAACUACUUUUUCUGUCAAAUUUGUUGUAUAACAUGAUGUUUUGGUGCAUAAUUUGUAAAAUCAUAACCUAAUUUGAUGUUUAAUAGGCUUUUCCUUAAUCCCUCCUUAUUAUCCAACAUAUUCACUUAUCCAACAUUCUGCCGGCCCAUUUAUGUUGGAUAAGUGAGACUCUGCUGUAGUAAUAUAUAAUGCUAAUAUUGUCCUAUACUAAUAAUAUAAUAUAUUGUAUGUACAUACACAGCUCUGAGUCCCCUUCGGGGUGAGAAGGGCGGGAUAUAAAUGUAAUAAAUAAUUGUAGUAAAUAAAUAAUUUUAGACUUAGGCUCGCCCAAAGUCUGAAAUGACUUAAAGGCACAUAACAACAAUUCUAAUUAACUUGCCUAUCUCAUUGGCCAGAAGCAGGCCCACACUUUCCAUUGAAAUCCUGAUAGGUUUAUGUUGGUUACAGUUGUUUUCAUUUUUAAAUAUUGUAUUGUUCUUUCAUUGUUGUUGUUGUUUUGCACUACAAAUAAGACAUGUGCAGUGUGCCUAGGAAUUUGUUUGUUUUUUUCAAAUGAUCAUUUGGCCCCUCGACCAUCUGACCGGCCCUCUGCUCAAAAUGUUUGGGGACCCCUGAUCCAGUCUAUGCCUAGUAGUAGUAAUACCAUAAUAAUAAUAAUUAUAAUAAUAAUCUGUCAGCUGCAAAAGGCUAACUUACUGAGAUCUGCACACAUUAUUCGCCGAUACAUCACAUAGUCCUAGACCAAUGAUGGGCAACCUUUUGCGCUUGGUGUGUCAAAAUUCACCAAAAAACCUAGCAUGAUUUGGGUGGUGUGUCACUUUGAGAAAAAAACCCAUAAUUUCACAAUAUGUAUAGUUUAAAUAACAAAAAUAUAUAAUUGUAAUAUAUAACUGUAUUCAAUAAAUCAAAAACUAUUUACUACCAUUA